AUAUUCCCAAUUGCGUUGCGAGUUACACGCAAAGCCAGAGAGCGUAUGUGUAGCGUCAGGAAACUGAGUCUUACGGGGCCGUUUGUGCGUUUGAGAGAGAGAGAGAGAGAGAGAGAGAGUUGAGAGAGACUUAAGAAGAGAACGCAGAGAGAGAGACCCAAAUCCCUCACUUCCCCAACUUUCGGCAACGUCGCUUCAGAGGGCUGUCCUCACUUGUCAUCUUUGUUCUUACAGGAUUAUCAGGAAAAGAUUAACCUAAAUUCGUUUACAGAGGAAGUUGGGGGAAGAUAGGGAGUAACCAGAGGAAAAGAAGUGAAGCUUUCACUUACUGUGUCUUGGGUUUUCUUCCUUUUUGACUUGUUUUGAUUACCUCAAAAUGGCGAGCUCAGUCGACAAGGAAACUCAGAAGGAUGAAGUCGUCUCAGUAGAACUUCCAGCUCCUCCUGGUUGGACGAAAAAGUUUAUGCCCAAAAGAGGAGGGACACCAAAGAAAAAUGAGAUAAUUUUCAUUUCUCCAAUCGGGGAGGAGAUCAUUAAUAGGAAACAGCUGGAACAAUACCUGAAGUCACACCCUGGUGGUCCUGCGAUAUCUGAGUUUGAUUGGGGGACUGGUGAGACACCAAGGAGAUCUGCGCGAAUCAGUGAGAAGGCCAAGGCAGCUCCUCCACCAGAACCUGAGCCUCCAAAGAAACGAAGCAGGAAAUCACUAAAGAAAGUUACUAAAGAGACAGAAGUUGUUCCUGAAGAAACAGAAGAGAACAAAGAAAACACACAAGAUGCUGAAAUGGCUGAUAAGAAGAAUACAGAAACAAAGAAAGAAGAAGAUGUUGUUGCCAAGGAAAAUCAAGGUUUGAAUGAAGACAAAACUCAUGAGGAUAAAGGGCCAAUCAAAACGGAAGAAGCUGCACCAGAAGGAGCCCCAGUUGCAAAAAUGGAAACUGAAAAUGACACUGAGGUAACCAAUAAGGAUAAUACAGGAACAGAAGGUGAGCCUGCUGAAAGGAUCCAGGAAAGGAAGGAAGUACAAUUGUCUGAUGAACAGUUGACUGACAUGAAUGAUGCUAAAAGAGAAGUUAAAAUGAAGGAACAGGUUACAACAGAGGAGGUGGUGCUGCCACAGGCAGAAGCUGAGAAAAAUGAUGGGUCGAAACCAGAGAAAGAUAUUUCCAAUGAAAUGAACAGUGUAAUGGAUUCGGAAGAAAAAGAGAAACCCAGCAAAAGUGCAGCUGAAACCAUGGAACAGACGGGGGAGAAACAAGCAGCAAACGGAAACAAUGAGGAACACACUUCAACAGUUGAAGAGAAAGGAAAGAAAAUGGAGGGGGAAGCGAUGGAGAAUGGCAGCCGCAAAGGUGAUGCUGGUGAGUCCAAGUCUCGAGAGGUCAAUCAAAUGGGGCGAGUCGAUUCCCAGCAAUCUCCUGCCCCCUCCGCGGUGAGCUGCUGAAUGUAUUUUCUCCCUUCACUCUUUUAUUGCCUCUUUAUGUCUCCAUCUUGGGUUUUUUGGAUGACUGUAAUAUUAAAUGUUGAUGCCAGCCAGAUCUAAUUUAUACUUGUAACUUGGUAGAGUAGGUUUUUGAUGCAGGAAGUAACUGUUGCAUUUAGAAGAUGUUGAUUGUACUUUUGUAAUGAUCUCUGUAAACGUAGGUGUUUUGACACUGCUGAUAUGUUCUGUUAUAAACUUAUAAUUGUGUAUCAAGUUAA